UACAGAAACAAAGGUCGUCGUUCCACGUCUCCUUAUGAUGCUUUCCCUAGGGAUGUUUUCAAACGGAGGACAAACAGCGAUUCUGAUUGUCACUCUAACUUUUACACUGAUUCACUGAGUGCUCCUUCUUCUCCUUUUAAUGUGGAGAAAGGAAGAACGGAUUUAACGGAUUUAACGGAUGCAGCGAUGAAAAGAAAAUUGUACACAUCCAAACGAAAGGAGAGUGAGUCUCCACAGAACAGUUGUAAAGACAAUAAUCCGCCAAAAGACUCCGGUCUACACCUAGGUCGGACAAGUAGGAAAGAAACUACAUUACCACAUCAGCGGUGUGAAACUUCUAGUGAAGAGACGCCACAGCAAAAUCAAGAAAAUGUUAUUAACAACGAAGGAGCCUCAUCGAUUUCCAGCUUGGACGAUAGUAUCUCGUGUUUACCGAGCCCUCGUCGACGCAAAUCAACAGGCGAGAAGUUGAAAGAUCAUUCUCACUCGUACGAUCCCGCUUCACCCAACACGCGAGGACAUUCUGGUGCUGCUAAUUCUCACCUUUUAAAAAAGACACAUCGCUUCACUUUUAUGAAGAAACACAGCCUUGAUACAGCAUUACACGGAUUAUCACUCCCGCCUUAUCAUAGCGGCAGCAUAGAUACGGCCUCUGAUGUUGUUUCCUCUGUCAACGACUCUCCAGUAUGGGCCACACCAGUAGCAUCAGAAGCUAAUCGAUCUAGCACUCCAGUCCCCAGCUUACCAAGACACAGAACACUAGACGACGAAACAGAUAGACAUUCAUUAGUGACCUAUGAUCCACCUACUCGACCUAGCACGGCGGGAACUUGUCAAACAUCAUUACCCUUUGAUGUUCAUCACAAAGUCACCUCUGAAGGCAGCAGGCGACCUCGCAGUGCCCCUAAUAAAUAUUCAGUGAAUCGAACUUCGCCUUCAGGCUCCAUGAAUUCCCUCACUCAGAGCUUCUUUCUGGCUACUAAAGCGGAUUACUUUCGCCCAGAGGGGAGAUGGAAAAUCAUUCUGGAGCACAGAGAUGUCUGGAGUGGAGAAAUGCCCAGCUCGGACCGCACACGCUUGGACAUUCACACCAAGAAUCAACGCAUCUACUUUCUGGUGACACGUGACGAGCAGAGAGACCCGUUGCUGCCUCCUACCUUGCAAGAAAAGCGCCAUGUUUUGAUCUCACUUUUACAGGAUUAUAGGCACGGAAAACUGACUGCCAAUUCCUUGCUGGUUCCAAUAGGAUUCUGUCUAUAUAAAACAAAACAUUCUGAGCGAGAUGAAAGACGCCAUAUUUCCAAGUUCCAGUUAAUUGGUCAGAUCGACGGUCAGCCGGACAAGAGGGAAGUCACUGCUAGGUUUGACCUUGAGUCGGGGGGAUACUUUCUGGUACCAUACUACCAGGCGGAACAACACAAUGGCGAGUACUUGCUCAGAGUGCUCAUAGAGUCUGAUCUAGAGCCAGUCAAAGCAGGAUG